GACGUUGACAAUGGAUUUAUCUGUCUUUUGUUCAAUGAUGACCUUGAUGGUCAUAACCAUAGUAUCGAUAUUGUUGUCAAAUUGUAGAGUUGUGGCAAUCAAAUGUUAUCAAUGUAGUACAGAAAAAGAUGGUAAAAAUUCCGAUAAUUGUGGAGCGUAUCGUGCAUUCAAUCAUAGUCAACAUAUUGCUGUCGAUUGUAUGGGUGAAGAAGCAAAUACACCAGGUACAUUUUGUUUCAAAUCCAUACAACAAGGACCACGUGGUUUCAUUUGGGAUGGCCGCUGGCGUAGUGUAAUACGUCGUUGUGCACAGGUCAGCGAACGUGGUAUAUCAUGGAGUUGUGAUUGGGGUUAUUAUGAAAAUGGUGUAUAUUGGGAAGAAUGUUAUUGUGCCGAAGAUAAUUGUAAUCGUGCUACUACGCAACAAUAUAAUCAACAACAUUUAAUAAUUUUGACUAUGACAACCAUUAUCACAUGUUUAUCAUACAUUUUUAUUCUAUUGCCAUUAAGAUGAAUAAAAUCAAAAUCAAAUCAAAAAUAAAAUAAAAUAAAAAAUCA